UAAUAAAAGAACUAGUUUCGAAACAAUAUAUUUUACAUUUAUUCUGUAACAAUAACAUCGAGGGUUGGCAAUUAUAUUGUAUUUUUCUAACUGCGACCCAAAUUAAAACUAUAAUGAUUGAUUGCAGGAUAAUGGAAGACAAACCAAAAAGAGGGAUUCUAAAAUCAGGAAAUAAUUAUACAUCAACGGACAGAAAAAUUAAAAAAACUGUGAAAUGGGAUGAAUUGAAUAUCAUACAAACAUCGCCACCGUAUAACAGAUAUAAAGAGCAUUCAGGAAAGCCUUCAGGAUACAUUAUCGCAGACAAUUUAUCCUAUAAAAACAAUAACAAAUUAAAUACUGAAAUAUCGACAAUAGAUCCCGAGUCGUUUGAAUUAAAAAUAAAAAGAUUACGCACCGGAAACAGUGAUGAAAAUCUGAAGGAUUCGGAUGCAACAAAGGAAUUCGAACGGAAGCGAAAAUCACACUCUAAAGAAUAUAUCGUUGCAAAGCUUGUAAAAGAUUUUUUCAAUGAUGAGGAAGAGAGGGGAUGAAGACAUUGAUAAUAAUUGACAGAAAUAAUAGGCUAUAUAUAUAUACAUCUAAAUUUCGGCAAUUCUUUUAUGAUUAAUAUUACCAAACUUAAUUCAGCUUUAAAUAAAUAAUUGACGUUGAAUUUUGUCAUAAUUUUAUCAAUAUU